GAAAUUUUGUCAUUAUUAGUAAAAAUUUUCGUAACAUGGAAUUGGAAGAGCAGUUGGAUGAGGACUUUUUGUUUUAUUUAAAUUUUACCAAUACAUUCUUAAGAAGAAUUCAAAAUGAAGAACUAUCAAAAAGAGCAAAGGUUUGGCUGCAAAAAUUAAUCGGCGAACCAUGCGAAGGCGUACAGAAAAAGAGAUGCAGAAAUAUAUAUUUAUCCAACCUUUUGGUUGGAAUGCAAAAUGGGCUUCUAGAAAAACCGUUUAUGGCACCCGCAAGAGAUACGGAUAUAUUAAACGCCCAUGAAGUGUUUGGACCUAUUCCGGAUACUGUUGAAUUACCGUCUUGGUUGAACGAUACAGAAUUAGACACCACAAAAAUUCAUUUUUCUGAAGGCAAAGGAAAACGAGGAAGAACUUAUGUAGCAACUCGGACAUUACCUAAUGGACAAGGAGCAUUCGCGUACGUAGGAAUUUCUCUUACAAAUGAAGAACCAAUGUGGUUAGGAGCAGGUGAAAGUUCAUUUGAUCAGAGAAUGGAGAAAAAUUUGUAGAGAUGGUACCUCCUAUAACCGAAAUGGAGAAGAUCCUAUCUAGACGAAAAGAUCCUAAAUAUAGGGAAAAAGUAUUACAGUUUUACGACGCUCUAAUGCAACACAUUGCUGAUGAAUUAGAUGGCAAAGAAGUAGCCGAUAAUGAAACCAUUGAAGGACUUAUAGCACAACUAAUACACGAUUUGACUGAUAAAAAUAUGUAUGAUGAGUAUGAGCAAAUGGAAGAGGGUGAAAGAAGAAUUGAACUUCUAUUAGUUUUGUUUGACAGAGUUAAAAUUAGGAGAGAUAAGGUAGCCAAAAGGGAAGAAAUAUUAGAUGAAAUCGAAGAAAAACUUGUGCCUCCGAAAUCUUUCUUCGAUAUAUCGGAACCAGCAGUAGAAGACAAAUAUAAACUACCAGCAGCUAUGUGGGAACAAGUAAUCGACAAAGCUCCAGCUAGAAAAAUAAUGGAACUUUUACUUCAAGCUUAUCCGUUAGCUGUUGUUAAGAAAUAUGUUAAUUACUUGGGAGAUUACAAAGAACAAAUAGCUCAACGAAUGCAACGAAGACAUGAAAAUGUUGUCAGUCAAAUGAAGAAGGAAUUGAGAAAAGAGGGUGAGAAGAUGAAGCUGACGGCAGAGGAAGCUGAGAGAGCUUGUGAUAACGCCAUGGCAGUAUUAGCGGCAGUUAAAGAACAAUAUUUAAGGAAAUUAACUGAAGAAAGGAGACAAGAGAAAGAAGGAAAGGAAGAUUUACCAGAACAUUCUCAGUUAUACGAGAAAAUGAAAGAGGCUAUGUAUGACACCCAAAAGAAAGUUGAGGAAGAAGCGUUACGUGGUAAAUUCUUAGCAUCUCAAAUUAAUUCUUUAAAUGAACAAACUGAGCACAUCAUGAAUGUCAGCGUUGAUAUUAUCAAAAGGACCGAAGAAAAGAAUAUUAGAAUAUUAAGAAAUAUCAAAAAAUUGAAGGCGGCUAUCACAAAAUAUGAAAUGAUCAUUCAGGAAAUAAAAAAUAGAACUAAACAAACCGCAACUGGUACAACCUUUACUGUGCAAAUUUAAACGAAGAUUUUGUUUAAAAACUGCGAUAUAUUUAAAUGAGUUUUACACAAUUUUUUGUCUUGUAAAAAUUUUAAAUAAAAUUACUUA